AAUUUGCGGCGUUUCUGCGGAGGACCUGCGCUGUUUUUCUCGAUAUUAAAUGAGUUAUUAUGGCCGCGACCGGCAGUGGCGCGGCGACCGAGCCUCCCGGGCUGGAGACUCAGCGGAGAGAGAUCGAGGCGCUGCUGCGGGACGAGGAGCUAAGGGUCGGGGAGAGCUGGUAUCUAGUGGGAAGGAGAUGGUUUGACCUGUGGGAAGAGUAUGUGAAGACCGGAGACCAGAACUCUUCUUCUUUUCCCGGGCGGAUUAAUAACACAGAGCUCUUCGAGAAUUUAGAUUCAUACCGUCUGAAGGAGAGGCUGGUGGAGAAUGAGGACUUUGUCCUGUUUCCAGCAGAAGCCUGGCAUAAGCUGCUGUCCUGGUAUGGCAUGGUUGAUGAACAGCCUGCCCUGGAAAGAAAGGUCAUUGACCUUCCCAGUACUCUUAAAGUUGAGAUCUAUCCUGUGGAAAUUUUCCUCUGUCUCCAUAGCAACAUGGAUGAUGUUGAGACAGAGCAGUUUAGUCGGACAGACACCAUACUUGCUAUUCAGAAGGUGAUGCAGAAGCGGUUUGAGGUAGCGGAGGAUGCCGAACCAAGACUGUGGAUGAAGAGUUCUGACACCAGCUGUGAGAGGCUACGAAACAUCCAUGUAACUUUACUGGAUGCUUGCCUAUCAUCAGGCAUGACCAUGAUCAUGGAGGUGAGGAAUUCAGAUGGCACCUGGCCCAGCUCCAGACCCCAGAUCAUGAGGAAUUCUGUGGAUGAGCAGGACACAUAUCGAGGGCAACCCGGAGUGUGUGGUCUCACUAACCUUGGCAACACCUGCUUCAUGAACUCUGCACUGCAGUGUCUGAGCAACACACCGCCGCUGACGGAGUAUUUUCUGCGGAAUUCGUAUCUGGACGAACUGAACUUCAACAACCCUCUGGGCAUGAAGGGUGAGAUUGCAGAGGCCUAUGCAGAUGUCAUCAAGCAGAUGUGGUCAGGGAGGCACUACUCUGUGGUCCCACGUAUCUUUAAGACAAAGGUGGGCCAUUUUGCUUCCCAGUUUCUGGGCUACCAGCAGCAUGACUCCCAGGAGCUUCUGUCCUUUCUCCUGGAUGGCCUGCAUGAGGACCUCAACCGCGUCAAAAACAAAGAGUACAUUGAGCUCAGGGAUGCUGACGGCAGACCAGAUCAGGAAGUGGCUGAGGAGGCAUGGCGUAACCACAGAAGGCGUAACGACUCGGUGAUCGUGGACACCUUCCAUGGACUGUUUAAGUCCACACUUGUCUGCCCUGAGUGCCACAAGGUGUCUGUGACCUUUGAUCCUUUCUGCUACUUGAGUGUGCCCCUGCCUGUCAGCAAGGAGAGGGUCAUGGAGGUGUUCUUCGUUUCCCUCGAUCCUUUAUCUAAACCUGUGCAGCAUCGAGUGGUCGUCCCUAAAGCUGGCAAAGUGAUUGAUUUGUGCAUGGCCCUCUCUCAAGCAACAGGCAUCCCUGCUAACCAGAUGGUAGUGGCAGAUGUGUUUAACCAUCGUUUCUACAAGAUCUACCAUGUAGAUGAGUCUCUGAGCUGUAUACUGGACAGAGAUGACAUCUUUGUGUAUGAGAUAAGCAGCACCUGUGAAGGUGAGGAUGAAGAGGAAGUUCUGCUGGCUGUCUACAUGCGUGAACGUUCCCACUACAGAGACUAUGGCUCAGGGGGCAGCAACUACAGCACAACACUUUUCGGCCAUCCUCUGCUCAUGGCACUGCCACGGGCUCAAUGCACCAGAGACUCCCUGUACCAGCUGUUCCUGCAGCGUCUGGCGCGCUAUGUUCGUCAGCCAGACCCAGCAGAGGAAGUGGAAGAAGAAGAAGAAGAAGAGGAGGAUGAAAAUGAUGGAGACGAAAAUGACGAAGAGGAGGAUUUAUACAAGAAUCAGGCCAAUGGAGUGACUGGAGAUGAGGGUGAGGAAGACUCUGAGAAAGCAGGCCCAUCCACAAGAGAAGAAGAGUCACAGGAGAAUGCUCAGAAUGAUGGACACAACAAGAACAACAUCCAUUCAGAGGCCAGUCCCAGCAGUGAAGGGGAGGAGAGAGCGGAGGAGGAGGAAGAGGAGUCGAACAGUGAACCAGACCGGGGCAGCAGCACAGAAGAGGGCCAGUCGGCCUGCGGCAGCACGGACACCAACUCCCAGGAUGCUGCUGAUGGGGAUCAAGGUGCUGCAGGGGCUUCAGGGAAAGAUGAUGAGGAUGAUGUGGAAGAUGAAGAUGACGCUGAGCCCAUUGCUCAGGUGAACAAGAGAGCUAUGGCUAGACAGUGCUGUGCAGAGAAGAAGAGGAAGCCGCUCUUUGCUAUCCAAGCAGUGAAUUCCAAUGGCACCACAGAUCAAGGCAUGGUAGAUGGAGGCAGCACCUUUACUUCCUGUUCUCCACUGUAUGUGGCCAUUGACUGGGACCCUGACAUGAAGAAGAAAUACUACAAUGAGAAUGAGGCAGAGAAAUAUGUAAAAGACCAGAGCAUGGAUGUCCCCCAGCAGCAGACCACAGUGCAGCUGCAAGAAUGCAUCGAGCUCUUCACCACUGUAGAAACACUUGAAGAGGAAAACCCCUGGUAUUGCCCGACGUGCAAGAAGCACCAGCUUGCGACUAAGAAGCUGGAUCUGUGGUCUCUUCCUGAAGUUUUAAUCAUCCACUUGAAACGCUUCUCCUACACCAAGUAUUCCCGCGAGAAACUGGACACCAUCGUCGACUUCCCUUUACGACAUCUGGACUUCUCUGGUUGCCUCCUGAGAAAAGCAGGGACCGACUGUGAACCUCCCAGCAGAUAUGACCUGAUCGCUGUAUCAAACCACUAUGGUGGCCUCCGGGAUGGACACUAUACCAGCUAUGCUCGGAACAAGGACGAUGGGCAGUGGUAUUAUUUUGAUGACAGCAAGGUGACCUGUGCAAAGGAAGAACAAAUUGUGACCAAUGCUGCCUACCUUCUGUUCUACCAGCGCCAAGACAAGAUCCGCCAGCCGACACUUCCUCCACCUGAUAAUCACAUCACUUCCACUAACCACGACGGAGUGGGUGGAGCCAUGGAAAUAGACUGAAACAACUCCACCGAUGUCCGUUUUGUUUAGUUUCUUUUCCUUGCCUUCCUGCCGUCUCCCUCUUUAUUUGUGUUCUCUCCCACUCUCAGGUUAAUGAGGGAGUUUUUUAUUAUUUUUUUUUUUUGUCUUUUUGUUUGUUUUGUUUUCGAAGAAAAACUUGAACCUUCUGCCUCUUCUCUAACCAAAACAGGAAAGUGGGAGGCAGGGGCUACUCUCUCAGGCUGGUGCAGAGGCAUCAUAGAUAGGGGACUGCAGGUUGUCGUUACUCCUUCUUCACAAGAAGUGCACAGGGACUGGUUGGGCCGGUGGAGGCAGAACCGCAUACCGCAUGGUUUGUUUGUGCUGCUCCAUUGUGGUGUUUUUUUUUUUUUUUUUUUUUUUUUUUCUUUUUCUUUUCUUUUCUUAGAGAAUCUGUGUAGGCCGGGUGUGCCGCCGAGUUGUGGUUCACUGCCAUUCAUCACUGGAUCCAUUCAGCGACUGCUUCUUCUGAUUUUCAGAGCAAGAUAAGCUGCUUUUCUUUCAGCCAUGUGCUGGGCCUGCAAUCGUAUAUGUGCAGAAUUGAUCCAGAUCUGCACCCUCAGUCUCGCUUUAUGAAUCAAACUCGCAACCUCAGAAUUAAGGGAUGAACUGAAAGCCUAAGUUCAUGGUUUAGCAAGCUAACUUCAGACAUUAAGCCUAGUUUUGCAUUAAAAUACACUGUUUGAGGAAUAUUCCUUUUGAUAAUGCUAGACUUAAUCUGAAAGACAGGACUCGAUACUGGUACUUAAACACAGUAUCAGCACUAGAGGAUACCAGUGAGGUGAAGCAACUUCUAAAGGCUGCCAGUAGAUGGAGCUUAACUGAAGCAAGCAACAUGUCAGUGGUGUGGGAGUAUCUCACGUUUCAGAAGAGCAGUAGUAAAAACGCUCACUGCAAAAUAUAAAACACCAGGGUUUCCACGACCAGCAAUGAUUUCGAUAUCUUAGUAAUUAAAGAUGAACCAUAGCAUCGAACACGGACGAUGUUUUUGCAGCUCAGAAACUAUUCAAAUGUGCAGAUAACAUCCAAUGAAUGUUGUACGCCUUUUAUUUGUGACAUAGAACACAUACCGAAAAACAUAAUUGUAUUUGUUUAAAUGUCAGAAUUUAUAUAUAGUAGUUGUUAUGUAGACAUAGGAUCGGUACUGAUACGUGGUAUCGCCUCGGAAGGGAAAAGGUGAUUAAUUCAGUGGCCCUUUAUUCAGUUCUACUCGGUUACUCUGGACUGCAGACAUCUUGCUAAACCAUGAAUUUAGCUUCACAUUAUAUCCAUUUAACCUCAGUGCUGUGCUUUUUUUUCUGGGAUUAUUUUUCAUAAACAUUAAAGAAAUGCUUCACCGAAAAAUCUAACUUAUACAGUUUUCCCCUAACGCCACAGUCAGUUGCCCACAAAUUGUUUGGUUUCUUCAGAUUGGCACUGAAGCAAUGCGGCUAAUCUAGCUAACAAGCAAGUCUUAUUGAGUGCCAUGGACUUUUGUAUUAACCUCAUUGCUCCAGUGCAAAAGUAAAGAACUUAAGAUAUAAAGCAUGUCUUGACUGAUCUACUAAGGAGUUGAGGGGAAAACUGUGUAUAUUUGAAUCAUUCCUAAAAAGGAGUGUUUCACACAGACAUGCUAAAGUGACUAGUAAUGCAUAAAAGAUAACGGGAACCAGUUAGCAUAACAGUGUUAAUGCAGACUGUUCCUAGCUAACUUUUGUUCACCGUUAAUAAGAUUAUUGGAUGAAUUGUUGCUUUAACUGGUGAGUUUCCACUGAUGUUGUACUUCAGUCCGAGUCUCGGUUGAUUUGUGUCCUGAUGCUCAUUAUUUCAUGUUUUUUUUUGGCUUCAGAAAAUACUUUUCUGUAUCAGAGCUUUUGAUUGUUCUGUCUCAGUCGUUGAUCUAAGGGUUGUGGAUAGGCUUUUUUUUUUCUUCUGAAUGCUGGAAAGCAUUCUUUAAAGGAACAGAUCAGCCAAAGGUGCUGACAUUACUAAUAACAAAAGCUAGACGGUCGACAUUAUGCAUGUAUAGCCUUUAGUCAUGUUAGCCUUUUUGGUUAAUUUAUCCCUUUAAAGUGUUUUUUUCCCUUUCUCGCGCUUAUAUCAGGGAGCGAGUGGUCAGAAAUGUAACUGUUGCAGUAUGAUUUCUGUGAACCUCUAUUAGCAAAAGGCGCAAAAGUAUUUUAGGUGACUGUGUAAUAUAGCUUUGUAUCUACUCACUCGUGAACUAUUUAUUUUCUUAACUGCCAGAUGUGGAUAAUGAGUGAGUUUUAAUUACAGUUCCAACACAUCCAUGUAUCUGCUGUCAAAGGCAGCAAUCAAAUGCUUCCACAUUUUUUUUCUUUGUUGUCAUCUUUUUCCACUGUUGCAAUGUCUGGAAAAGACACUCUGUUGCAGGACACAAACAGAGACAUUUUUCAGCCGUAAAUUUGUAUUUUUAUCUUUAAUGAAAGGGUUAGGGUUAAAAUCAAAAACAAAAAAGGAGGAUAUGAAUAUUGCAUUCUUUUUCAUUAAUUGCGUGCAAUUUAUAAUUAACUCUGGAGCAAUGAGAAUAUUUCAGUGCUUUCUGGAUAGAGCUCUUAAUCAUUUUUAAAAUGCAUAUGUACAGUAUUUUUGUAUUGUAAUAAAUAUCUUUGAUCAUAUGGAUCAAAUGCUGGGGAUGGGUGAGCUUUCAUUUUUAUUUUGUUAAUAUAUGGAAUAUAAUUGUAUACUCAUGUUUUGAUAUGAAUAAAUGACGAUUAUAUAUA